AUGCCCUUCGGCGGGCCUCAGGGAGGGUACGUGCCACCUCCUUCGCUUCCUCCACGCCAGCAACAACCCACUCUACCACCCCCCGUGCCCGUGGAUGAGAAAUUCUCAAAUGAGUUGCAGGCCGUGGCGGACAAAUAUCACCUACCGGAAACGACAGCGAGCCUGAGCCCUCAGCUAGCUGCUCGUUAUGGAGCAAUUAUAGUGUCAUUAGCAGGCGGGGUGCCGGCUAGCGAUGACUCGAUUAAAGAUGCGGCGGCAUGGCUACUAGAGAACCGCCAGCAGACCAGUGCCAUUGCUUCGUCAUUGCUACGGUCGAUGCGGACGCCUAAGGAUGGCCACCAUGCUAUGAGUAUGCUCUUUGUUAUCCAUGAGGUACUGCAGCGAACGAGCGGUCCUCAAGGGGUAGUGGUACGGGUGCUAUUAAAGAACUACUUGCCGUGGAUGUGCCGGGCUGCCUAUGGUGCUUGUUAUAAUAGAAACUCUCGGAAGCCUGGGGUAGCUAGACAUAGAUCCUGGGAUGGACAACGGCAGAUCUUCUCUCAGCACGACCUCACUCCACAGCAGAAGAACGUGACUCGGCUGAUCCAAAUAUGGAAGGACCAGGGUGUCAUUGACGUCGGUGAAGCUAGAGACUUUGAGAGGCUCGCUACGGAGGAACAUGCAUUACCCUCAGAGAAGUCCGACCCGAAAGCGGCAGCAGCGGCAGCAGCAGCGGCGGCCAAGGCUAAGCCCAAGCCUCCUCCACCUCUCCAAGGGUAUUACUCUGAUCGGCCAGCUACUGCCGAAAAUGUAUCAGUAGGAGUCCUGGCAUCCCUCGUAAAGGCCUCAGGACGGCGGGCAAGGGAACAACAGGUUGCCGUUGUACCGUAUACACCCCUAGACCCAGUAGUGUUGGCGAUGGUGCCGCAGUAUCUAGCAGCAGAGCCUCGGCCGUCGGAGAGGGCAGUUGCGCUCAUUGAGUCCCUCAUACCAUUGAAGGAUGAUGACGGCGACACGGAGUCGGUAUCAUCACGAAGCAGUAGCCCUUCGAGAGGCCAGUCGAGGUCGGCAUCGAGGUCCAGCUCGAGGAGCCGGGAGGAUACCCCACCUGCGAAAAUCCCACGUCGAUCCAAUUUCUCGGAUGCCCCCGUUCCGGUGUCGGACUUUAACAUUUCGGACCCUGUAGAGGCCUUCAGGGCGCGCGCUAAAACGAAGUACGUCAAUAUGUGUGAGCACAAUCGGCGAGUGAGCCAGGAGGCUGCGGAGAGGAUAGUGCAUAGCAGUAGUGAAUGA